GAUAGCACUCCAAUGUGUAAGGAUCUUUACAGAAUAGUUUUAAAAUGUAAGCGUGCUGGCGAGUAUACUUUGAAGAAAGAACGGUGGACAAGACUUGAAGCAGCAAAAGCUCACAGAAUUCAUUUUAAGUCAGGCAGACGAUGAAGCCGAAACAUCAGUGGCUUCAGUUAAGAAAAGAAAUGACCGUGCAUGAGUUCUGGCCUUUUGAUGCAAAUGGAUGUUUGCUCUCACAUUCGUUCCUCAGUUAAUGAUGUUAACAGCCUUCAUGCGUUUCGUACGGAUACCCUUAAAUCCAAUUAUGGACCCGUGGGUGAUUUUUUAGUGGAUGAGUGGAAUUCGCUUUCCAUACCAUCGCAUAAGAAAGAUGUAAUGCAGACGAAAAACGCGUGUUUAGAAGCUCAACAGAGUGAAAUAAUCACCAAUACUCAUCAGAGUGAUGAUGAUAUCGUAACCAGUGAAGUCAUAACACAUGAUGAUGAUGAUGAUGAUGAUGACGAUGAUGCUAUAUCUAUUAAUACUCAUUCCUCAAGAGAAAAUUUUAGGAUAUAUUUGAUGUGGACCCUUUCAUUGACUACUUGAAGGAUGAUGUGCGAAUCGUGCGUGAUAUUCCAUCAUGGUUUACUGACAAGUCAGAGCUGUUCACGAGCA